GGUCGGGAGUGUGAGUGGGCACGGCACGGCAGCACGGGAGCUGAAGCCACACCUCGCGCCAUGGACCGCCGGUGUCCGUGCUGAGGGUUCGGACUCCGAGCGGCCGGGGCACCGCGGCGGCAGGUCGGCCCGCGAUCGAGGACAAUGCUGAAGCACGUGCAGAUUAACCCGCUGCGGUCUUCGCUGAUGCGGUCUGGCCAGAAGGCGGACACUCUGAGCAUCAACUCCACCAUGAGCUUCAGCUCACUGCACGAGCCUGCUCUGUCGUCUCGCUCCUCCUCCUACACAUCGCUGAACGAGACACAGAGCAGCACGGGCAGCACCAGCGUACCGGCCACGCCCACGACGACGGUAAAGGUGUACACGCGCUGCCUACGGCCUGAUCUCGAGUACAAGACCAUGUGUGUCAAGUACACGACCACGUGCCGGGACGUGGUGGACCAGCUGCUCAACAAGUACCGCAUGAAGCACCGCGACCCUAACCUGUUCUUCCUCACCAUGGAGGUGGCCACCAGGAGCACAGGGGCUUCUGUGCGGACGAUCCUGGUGCUGGAUGACGACUCAUGUCCAGCCCAGCUGCAGGCCUGCUACCCGCGUGCCGACUCCAGAUUCACGCUGCGCACGUGUGCCGGCGGCCUUGUAAAGGUGUUCGACAGCGUGCUCCUGGCUGAGUCGAAGUACAAGAGCCUGCUGGUUUCGGAGAGGACAACAGUGGACCAGAUGAUUCAGCUGCUGCUUAACUGCUACAACUCCUCCGAGGGCGUCAACGUCUUCAGCAUUUACGAGGUUUGUGCGCCUGUCGCCUUCGAGCGCAAGCUGCACCCAGACGAACCGUCC